UUCCUAUCUAGCUGAUUUCAGCCUUCCAUACUGGUCCUUCCACAACCAGGCCACCGCCUUUUCGACUCCUCUACACCACUCCAACUCCAAGGAAAGCCUUUCCAUACCAUAGCGAAGAAGUCCUACCUCGAAAAUCUUCAAUUCAACCACCAAAAACCCACGACCAACCCUCCACAUCGCGAAACACCUUCCCAUAAACCACAAAGAUGGACUACCAAAACCGCGCCGGCUCCAAAUUCGGCGGCGGCGGCGUAGCCUCCUUCAGCGCAACAAACGCAGACCGCCGCGAACGCCUCCGCAAGCUCGCCCUCGAGACGAUCGACCUCGACAAGGACCCCUACUUCUUCAAAAACCACGUCGGCUCCUUCGAGUGCCGCCUCUGCCUCACCGUCCACCAAAACGACGGCUCCUACCUCGCCCACACCCAGGGGAAAAAACACCAGACCAACCUCGCCCGCCGCGCCGCCCGCGAACAAAAGGAAGGAAAACAAAACAUCGACCCGGCGACGGGGUUACCCGUCGGCGUCGUCGGCGCCGGCUUCGGCGCGGGAGGCGCGCGGCGGAACCUGAUCAAGAUCGGACGGCCGGGGUACAAGAUUACAAAGAUCCGCGAUCCGAUCACGCGUCAGCAGGGCUUGCUGUUCCAGCUUCAGUACCCGGACAUUGCGCCCGACGUGGAGCCCAAGUGGCAGGUCAUGAACGCCUUCACGCAGCGCAUCGAGGAGCCGGACAAGAAUUUCCAGUACCUGCUGGUGGCGGCGGAGCCGUACGAGACGUGCGGGUUCAAGAUCCCCGCGCGCGAGCUGGAUAAGCGCGACGAUAAGCAGUUUAGCUUUUGGGAUCCCGAUGCGAAGGAGUAUUGGCUGCAGGUCAUGUUCAUGUCGGAGCGCGAGGAGAGGUAUGUUGCGGCGCCUGGUACGCGGAGGUGAAAGUGGUGGGAAGGGAGAGCUGCGUUUGUUGUUGGCGCAAAGGGUGUCAGAAACGGGUUGUAUAACACAACAUGACGGGAGGGUUAUCUGUGGCAUGACGGGAAGGAAGCCCUGCUUCCCUCAGAUGUAGGGACGACCAGGAGACGAUCUCUCAUAGUGAUCCGGGUUCGUGCCCUGGACAGCAUUGAAGCAAGCAGUUGUUUUCUGGGUCAAGUUGGUCAACAAUGGCCUGUACGGACCAAUUUCAGUGGCAUCAGGAGGUGUCAUAUCACGGCGUUGGGCGUAGGUACUUCGAGACGGAGAAAAUUUGUAAGAUUUAUUUUUGCUCAUCAGGCCCUUGAGCAGGGAAAAAGAAGAGCUGACGUUAGCCUUGAACAGAGGUUUCGACGUGGCACUGAGAUCAAG